ACUUCCAUGGAGUCUUGAGGUGGUAAACCAUCUUACUGGAUUGGAUUUGGCCUAAAGCUUCUGCUUAUCUGUAUUCAGAAAUGUUGCUGGCAUGCAGUCCCUGUAGGUUUCAAUGAAACACCACUUCUAGUGGACAUCAGUGGCCCGUUUUGGAGUUAUCUAUGGAGAAUGGCUGAGCAGAAUCAUGCAAGAAGGCUUCUCCUUUGUGUGAAUUCAUAUCUUCGGAAAUCAAUGCAUAUGAUAGGUUAGAUGUAAUUUGGGUAGCCGUAUUAUAGUAAAAUAAUAAUGAUGACUUAAUUCAAAGAUGUCUAUGGAGAUCUUGUCAGAUGGUGGUGGCCCUCUAGUUUGGCAAAGCUGGGUUGACGUCUAUUCCUUUAGUUGAGGAAAUUAUGGAUGAAAACCGGUGAUGCUGAAAUCAUUGGUGAAACUGGACUUCACCUUCUUGUGUCUGACUAUCCAUCUCUCUUAGAAACCAGAUGACGUUUGCAGAAACACCAGGAAGCACUUUCUAAAAGACAGAAGACAAGAGGAGAACCUUGGCUAAGUGACUAUAAAUUUGUAAUCCAGUGAUCUGGCACAGAACUGUAAGAAGAGAACCACCUCCAAGAGCUCCUCCAAUUAUGACACCAGGCACCCUGGAUCCAGCAUAGGACUAUAUAAAAAGCUUUAGUUCAGGUGACUAUCUCACUUUUCAACCUGGAUUUUCCUCUCUGUGUCUCUGCUCCCUUUCCCUUAGAAAUGAAGUGGGCUCUAAUUUUUUGCCUUUUCUGCAUGCUUGCCUUGGAUUUGUCCUAUUGUGCACCUGCAAGGCGCUUGGAAAAGGAUGGAGAUACUCCAAAGGAUAUUGCCGCUGCUGCCCUUAAAAAGGCGAAGAAGAAAGUGGCUAAAGCACCAUCUAAACUGGCCUCAGAAGAAAGCGAAGAAGAGAGUGAAGAACUUCCUGCACAAGAAUCGCCUUUCAAAAGUGGAAACCGCAACAUUGGAACAGGAACCAACUUUGGAAAAUUUGGUUUGGGUCGCAAAGAUAAUGACAAAAAUGGAGACAAGAAAAACAAGGAAUCUAAACACCAGAAAAACAAAGACAGAAGCGAGGAGAAGAAAGGAAAGCUGGCAGGAAAGGUAAAUACCAAGGAAUCUGAAAGCAAAGAGAACAAAAAAAGGAAAGAGAGCAAAGAAAAGAAACAUGGUAAAAAGCCUCCAGGUAUCAUAGUGUCUGCAUCAAGCCAAUUAGAAUAUAGUAAUGAAUUCAUUUCGGGACAUAGGUGA